AUGACCACCGCCCUCCGCGGCGCGAGACUACGCGCCCAAGCUUACCGCUUCAUGUGGGCGUUUAACUGGAACUGGUGGCUUGAUGCUGUAAAUGAUAUUCACGCGUUCGUGAACGCCAAUGUCAAGGCCACCUUUGCGGAGAUGGAUGAGCGCGACCGGCUACAGAGUGAGGGAUAUGCGGGUGAGCUGGAGGGUCUGCGCUCGCAGGUGUGUUUGAUUAUAGUGCCGAUGAAUGAUACCACUUCCAUGUUCAUCGCAAACUGUAUCUGGUACUUGGCGCGCAAUCCCCAUGCCUGGGAGAAGCUGUGUCAUGAGGUUGCGGCUCUGGGCGAGAAUGCACCCCUGACGUUUGACGUCUUACGGAACAUGCCGUAUCUUAAUGGGCUAUGA